AUGUUGUCAACUCGUCACUUAUUGAAGCCUACUUUGAGAUUGGUCUCUCAAGUGAACCAGUAUAGUUCUCUCGCUCAAGCACUCCCUAUUCGCUCCACAGUCAAUGGCAUCCAACGUCAACGUCAAUCUCUCCGUCCAUUGAGCCCAUUGCAACCAAUGCAACAACAGCAACAGCAACCUCAACAAGUCCAAAAAUCACCUUCUGGUAGAUCUCGUCGUGAUGAGGAAAUCAGCUCUCGUUUCAUUACAUUUGUCAAUGAACAAGGUCAAGUAAAGGAACGUUGCAGAGUCAAGGACGUGCUGCUGGAAUUUGAUCGCUCUCGUUAUUUCCUGAUUGAAGUGGAUCCCACCGUCAAACCACCUGUGUGCCGUCUUUUUGACAAGAAAUCACUGUUUGAAAAGGAGAAACUAAGCAAGAAGAAGAAGCAAACAUCGCCAGAAUCUGUGCUGAAGGAGAUUGUGUUUGGCUGGAACGUGAGUGAGCAUGACAUGGAGCAUAAAUUAAACAAGGCAGCACAGUUUUUGGAUAAAGGAAACAAGGUCAAAAUCGACAUUGUGUAUAAACGCGGACAAAAGCGAGUGGAUAAAGAGACGCAAGAGCAAGUAGUGUCCACUGUUUCCAGCUGGAUGGAUCAAUACAAAAUCACCAAGAAACCAGCCUUUGCUGGUCAUAACUGCUCAAUGCAAUUUGAAAGAAAAUAA